AAACCCAUGUAUUGUUUUCUCUUUCAGGUCGAGGUGGAUGUAAUGAUGAGCACGUGAAGAAAAAUACAACACAUAUCUGCAUAAAAUACGGUGAGCAGCAUUUAUUUAUUGAACUUCCGUUACAUAUAUACAUCAAAUAUAGAAAGAAAGCAAAUUAAUGCACCAAAUGAUAAUGCUUAGGCCUAUAUAGGCCUAUGCCUGUCAUUUUUUAUUCUUCUCAAAAACAGUUUUCAAUAGGUAAAGUAAAGUAAUGAUAAACAGAUUAUCUAGAUUAUAAAUGGCACUGUUUAAUUCAAUUCUCCAGAUUAGCAUUUUCUGUUUCCCCUGUAGGUCUAUAUAGCCAAGUCUAGCAGAGGCUCGUUUAAAACAUGCACUUUAUCCUUUAAACAUUGAAGAAUGUUCAUCAUCUUGACAUGCAAGAAUGCAGAGUAAGGCCAGAUGCAAGUUGCAACAGAACAUCAUUUAUUUGUUUAAGCAGAACAUAGGGAACAUAUCCAUACACUAGUUGGUUAUGAAAGAUACAUACCCCACUGGGCACAGAUGUCAUUUCAACGUUUAAUUUGGAUUUACAUUUGGUUGAGAUGUGAAAUCAACAAAAAAUGUCUCCAUGUCAUAGGAUUUAGGUUAAAAGUUUUUUUUUUUUUUUUUAAAAAUACGAAAUUCCCUUAUGCUUUUUCUAUUCCAAUAAGUUUUCCACGUUGAGUCAACGUCAUCACAUAUACAUUUUUUUUGUUGAAAUAGCGUGGAAACAACGUUGAUUCAACCAGUUUUUGCCCAGUGGGACAUUCAGAAGUAACAUUUCAAAUCAAAACAGAAUUCCACCAGUCAUCCCAUCACCUCAAUACGAAUUUCAAACAGGAAUAUGUCCACUUUUGCGUCAAUGACGAUGGUCCUCUUUAUAAACAAAAUGAUUCCAUUUUCUGCGGUUUCAAACGUGCGUUUGCGAGAGUGUAGUAGCGGCAAUGCAGAAUGAUUGUAGAGGCUCGAUUUAUAUAAACGGCCUCUCUAUUAUUGCUGCAGAACUUGCAGAGUAUGGCAUUUUUUAGCUUGCCUUCCUCCUACGCUUAGUUUUACACUUCUGAGGGUGGCAAGUCUUGAGGAGUGUUUUUCUUUUCAUUCCUCUCUAAGGCGUUUACAACCAUAACAUUUGCAGUCAUAAAUUUUGCUGCGGUCUACAAUGACAGGUGCAUUGAUAUGCACCGCGCGGACAUUCAGGGAAGGCUGCUUCAACUACUGUAGGCUAUUAGUUUUUUUCCAUGCAUGCCUUGGCCAUUCAAUGUGUUACUUAUGUCAAGAAUUUAAUGUGAAAUCGUUUCCAAAAGUAGUGAGAAAAAUAAUAGUUUUUAUAUGUAGUUUAGGCUCUGGUAGAUAGCUAACUACAGACUAAAUAUAGGCUUACUGAUUACAGACUACAUGAGGGUGCCAGAAUUCAGGAGCAAAGUUUUGACACCGAUGCAUUUGUUCUAUAUGCACAAAUUAGCAUAUAGGGAUCCCACCCAUUCCGACCACCCCAAUAUUUUGGUGAGAAACGGGGAGAGGGGAAGGCACUUAUUUUAGCAUCAUAACCCCCCUUAGCACACGUGCAUUGUGAUAAUCUUUUCUAAAAUAAUUUCAUGGUUUAAUAAUUGCUUUUUGAAUAAGGUUCCUAAAGUGGCAUUCAAAAUAGAAAACUCACAGGAGUGCGAGAUUUCGUUUAUAAAUAUGAUUUCCAAAUAAAUCGAGAGAAGUCGUAUUACAUGUUGGUGUGUUAAAAAGGGAAGAAAGUAAGAGCUGAUGGUGGUUUGUGGGGUAUUGUGAUUAGGUAGGCUACUGAAAGGGAUAUUGUGUGGGUAACCAAAUGCUGAUUCAGCUCCUUUUCUAAAGUAAUUCAAGAAGAUCUUUUGAUCUUUUGGCAAAAGUUAAACGUUAACUAUUUUGUGCCAAACAUGCCAAAGGGUUCGAAAGUGAGAGGUUAAGAAGGCCUACUGAUGAUUUGAUAGUUAAAGAAAGCAGAGUUUGGAAAGUGAAGUUACAACUAUUACAAAACAGCAUUUGUAAAAGUUUUUUAUUUUCAUAAUAGAUCACGUAAUCAAAUAUGAUUGUAUUUGUUUGUAAUAUGGAUAAAAUUGAGUUAUAUUGAAACCAACGAAAAAAAAUACCAGAAAAGGACAUAUAGUUUCAUGUUGUUUUUUUUAUUGAUGGAAGGUUAUUUUUCAACCCAAAGUACAGUGUAUGCUCAAUCCUGGUUGAGCAUGGGUUUAGUACACGUUCAAUUCAUAUUGCCUGCAUAAUGAGCCUAACAACUCUUCUCUUCGUAGGUCAAGGAAUACAGAGGCUGUGGGAAACUCCAAUCACGUGAUACAAGAACACCCAUGCCAUUGGAUAGGGCCUUCUUGGUUUGAAUCCUCACAAUGCAGAAAGCUACAUACUACGAUAAUUCUGGACUUUUUGGAAGCUAUUCUUACCCCAAAUCCGACUCAUAUAUGUAUGGCCCAACUCACCAGCCCUACCCCACUUCUAACCUUGAGAGUGAUUAUCAGGGUCCAGUUUGUCCAAUACAAACCACAACUGUACGGCCACCAACUCAUAAAGACAAUGACAUGAAUGGCAACUGCAUGCGACCAAGUAGCAGCCAAGGAAACAGCCAACAGUCGAGUAUUGGUGAACAGCCGCAGGCACCUCCAUUGUCGGCAUCUUCCCCUAACUCCAGCAACACUUCAUCUCAGAAGAAGAAAUCUCCUCCAAACAAUGCUUCUAAUACUGCCACCCCAGUCAUUAACAAGCAAAUAUUCCCAUGGAUGAAGGAGACGCGAUCGAACGCCAAACAGAAAAGCAACAGCAGCAACAAUUGCACAACUGCAGAAGGUACAGUGUGCGUGUGUGUGUGUGUGUGUGUGUGUGUGUAUAUGUGUGUGUGUGUGUGUGUGUGUGUGUUUCAGCAUGAUUCCUCUGGACAUGGUGGUGCGUAAUGCGUGCGUAAAAUGGCGAUUAUUCUACUGUGCGCAUGGGUCAUUUUAGGCAACUGAGUAGGCCUAUGUGAAAUCAUUCAUAAUACAUAAAGAGACUUAUGGUGUUUACUAUGUAUUUUCAGGUGAGUCCUGCGAUGAAAAAAGCCCACCUGGUCCAGCCUCCAAACGGGUCCGAACUGCCUACACCAGUGCACAACUUGUAGAACUUGAGAAGGAGUUCCAUUUCAACCGGUACCUGUGUCGUCCCCGAAGAGUGGAGAUGGCUAAUUUAUUGAAUCUCACUGAGCGCCAAAUAAAGAUCUGGUUUCAAAACAGAAGGAUGAAAUACAAAAAGGAUCAGAAGGCUAAGGGGAUAAUGCACUCUCCCAUCGGACACUCCCCGGACAGAAGCCCACCGUUAAGUGGCCCAAAUCACAUAGGAUAUUCUGUAAAUGUAAACAGCCUCAGCUAUGAUGCUCCCUCGCCCCCGUCAUUCGCCAAACCCCAGCAAAACAUGUACGGCUUGGCUGCGUACACGGCACCAUUAGGUGGCUGCAUACCGCAACAAAAAAGGUAUCCGGGCUCCGAAUACGAACACCACAGCAUGCAAGGCAAUGGUGGCUUUGCCAACGCUAAUUUGCAAGGCAGUCCGGUGUACGUUGGGGGAAAUUUCGUUGAUUCCAUGCCAGCCUCGGGCCCCAUGUUCAACCUCGGCCAUCUCCCUCAUCCCUCAUCCGCCAGCGUGGACUACAGCUGUGCCGCUCAGAUUCCAGGCAACCACCACCAUGGACCCUGUGACCCCCAUCCCACAUAUACAGACCUCACCUCUCAUCAUGCGUCUCAGGGAAGGAUUCAGGAAGCGCCUAAACUAACGCAUUUGUAAUAUGUGAGGAUUCCAUCUGUGUGCCCAAAUUAUGUUACGCUCUUUUAUUACCUCACUAGUCUAAAGUAAUUUAUAUGAUUACACUACAAGUGAGUCAUGUGUAUUACCCAGUAUUAUUAUUGAUAUUACUAUUAAUGCUAUUGUGUAAUUAUUUUCUAAGAAUAGCUGUGGUACAUUUUUCUUGACUGUUGAGGAUGCGCAGGGGAGGCCGUUUGUUUGUCAGUUGUUCGUUUUCUGAAGUGCAAUGCGCAGUAUGGGGACUGAAAAUGUCAUAACAUUACUUGAAGGUAAGUCCUGUAGAUCUGACAGUAGUCACCCAUCUUUAUAGGGAUGGAUUUUAUAGAAAAAAAACUCUAAGCUGUCUGUUUGUUAAUUUCAAAUUUUCUAAAUUUGAAGCGUCUUAUUUAUUUUUCCAAGAUUGUAUUGCAUUUAUCUCCUUUACGAUAUGUAUUAUUUAACGAUUUUUGUAUCACACAUUAUUUAUCAUUUACAUAUAUGCCUAUUUAUAUGGACAUCUAGAAUUUAUGCAACAUAGUUGGACAGACUUUGACAUCAUAGCUCUUCAAUAGGUACACAGGUUGUUGGUGAAUGCUAGUUUUAAGAUAUGGUUUCAGUGGCUGGUGGUUUUAUGUUGUUGUAGUAGAAACUCCUAAGUGUAAAUCUUGGAAUAUUGGGGCAUUUUUCAUGAUUCAUCUUGUGUCAAUGCCUCUAUGAAAAACAAAGUUAUAUGUAGCCUUUUGAAAUACCGAAUAUUAUAGAAAUGUAACACACCAGCAUGUCAUUUGUUGUCAUUGCCAAUUUUCAUAUCACGUCAUUGUUAUUUCAUCAGUUGGACUGUCCAUGCAUACAUUUAUGAAACGCUAAUGAUAUGAAAAUGUUAUAUUUUAUUGUGUUUAAC